GGAUGUGGGCUUUCCUGGCCCAGCUGCUGAUCGCCCUGGUGCUGCUGGCCUUCUUCCUGGUCAGCUGCCAGAAUGUCAUGCACAUCGUCAGGGGCUCUGUCCGCUUCCUGCUCAAACACGCCCACCGCGAGCUGGACAAGGAGCUCGGGGAGAGCCAGGGGCUGGCGGGCGGCGAGGGGGCCCUCCCCAGCCGGGCGGUUCGCCGGCGUGUCCUUGUGAAGGGGAACGAAGUGCUUCAUCUCCCUGGAGAGCAGGUGACUGAGGAGCAGUUCACAGAUGAUCAAGGCAAUAUCAUCACCAAGAAGGUCAUCAGGAAAGUGGUGCGUCAGCUGGGCCCUGGUGACAUGGAUGACAGGCAGGAGCAGGAGGAGCUGAUUCUGGAGGGCUCCUUGCAGGAGCCCCAAGACCUGGAGGCUGAGGACAAUCACUUCAUGAAAUACACCAUCCUGCACCGGGACGGUCUGGGGGCCAAGGAUCUCACCUCAACACCAAACCACUGAAUUCCACACAUGUUCUGACACAUACUUGAGAAGAGAGGAGAGGAAAGCAGAGAGUGGAGGGGAGCAGGGCUGGCUGUACAUGUUUCUAUAGGCUAAUGGCAUGAUUUCCGUAUGAGACAUACUUACCGUCCUAUCCGCAUGACUGACUGAUUGCAAGACGCAUGAGCUACAGUACUUAAAACUGACAGAGGGGCCUCUGGCCCUGCCCCGCUGCUGCCAGGAGC